GAGCGCGCGUGCGCGUGCUCGGCCGGCCGUCGCCGCGGUGACCGGCCUCGCAGUCCGUCGGCUCGCGCCCCGCCCCCGUCCCCGCCGCCCCCUCCCCUGUCGCGCGCUGGGGGUGUUGCUCGCUCCUCCCGAGUUGCAGCCGCGGUCGCCGCUGCUCCUCCUCUCCCAGUCUUGGGUUUCCCUGGCGCUGCCGCCGCCGCCGCCGCCGCCGCCGCUACCUCUGCGGACUGUAUGAGGAGGAGGAGGCGGAGGAUGUGAAGAUGGCGGAGCUGCAGAUGCUGCUGGAAGAGGAAAUCCCGGGGGGCCGCCGGGCCCUUUUCGACAGUUACACCAAUCUGGAGCGGGUGGCUGAUUACUGCGAGAACAACUACAUCCAGGUUACAUGUGUACAUGUGUAGUAAGCCAUUUGUGUCUCCUUCAGUACUUUUCUGAUGUAUUGUGCUUAGUGUCAACACCAUAAUGUUGAAGCUUCAUUGUCAGCAGAUAAGCAGCGUGCCCUAGAAGAAACCAAAGCCUACACCACCCAGUCCUUAGCAAGUGUUGCCUAUCUGAUAAACACCUUGGCCAACAAUGUCCUGCAGAUGCUGGAUAUCCAGGCCUCUCAGCUGCGGAGGAUGGAAUCUUCAAUCAAUCAUAUUUCACAAACAGUUGAUAUUCAUAAAGAGAAAGUUGCAAGAAGAGAAAUUGGAAUUUUGACUACCAAUAAAAACACUUCAAGGACACAUAAGAUUAUUGCUCCAGCCAACCUUGAACGGCCAGUUCGUUAUAUUAGAAAACCUAUUGACUAUACAAUUCUAGAUGACAUUGGACAUGGAGUAAAGUGGUUGCUUAGAUUUAAGGUGAGUACCCAGAACAUGAAGAUGGGUGGGCUGCCGCGUACGACACCUCCAACUCAGAAACCUCCCAGUCCCCCCAUGUCAGGGAAGGGGACUCUUGGGCGGCACUCCCCCUAUCGCACACUGGAGCCAGUGCGUCCUCCAGUGGUACCAAAUGAUUACGUACCUAGCCCAACCCGUAAUAUGGCUCCCUCGCAGCAGAGCCCUGUGAGGACAGCUUCUGUGAAUCAAAGAAAUCGAACUUACAGCAGCAGUGGGAGUAGUGGAGGAAGCCACCCCAGUAGUCGGAGCAGCAGUCGGGAAAACAGUGGAAGUGGGAGUGUGGGGGUGCCUAUUGCUGUUCCUACUCCGUCUCCUCCCAGUGUCUUUCCAGCCCCCGCUGCCUCUGCUGGCACUCCUCCCCUUCCUGCUACUUCCGCAUCCGCCCCUGCCCCUCUUGUUCCUGCUGCUGUCCCUUCCUCCACUGCCCCCGACGCUGCGGCCGGGGGUGCCCAGACCCUUGCUGAUGGCUUCACUUCUCCAACUCCCCCUGUUUCUUCCGCUCCCCCUGCAGGUCAUCCUGUUCAGUUCUACAGCAUGAAUCGGCCUGCCUCUCGCCAUACUCCCCCAACCAUAGGGGGCUCCUUGCCCUACAGACGCCCUCCUUCUAUAACUUCACAAACAAGCCUUCAGAAUCAGAUCAAUGGAGGACCAUUUUAUAACCAGAAUCCAGUAUCUCUUGCUCCUCCUCCUCCCUCCAUCCUACAGGUAACUCCUCAGUUACCUUUAAUGGGAUUUGUGGCCAGAGUCCAAGAAAAUAUUUCAGAUACACCGCCUCCGCCACCUCCCGCGGAGGAACCUGUCUUCGAUGAGUGCCCUCCUCCCCCGCCUCCCCCGGAAGAUUAUGAAGAGGAGGAGGCAGCUGUGGUGGAGUACAGCGACCCCUACGCCGAGGAGGACCCGCCCUGGGCUCCCAGGGCCUACUUGGAGAAGGUUGUGGCAAUUUAUGAUUACACAAAAGACAAGGAGGAUGAGCUGUCCUUCCAGGAAGGAGCCAUCAUCUACGUCAUCAAGAAGAAUGACGACGGCUGGUACGAGGGCGUGAUGAACGGAGUGACUGGGCUCUUCCCGGGCAACUACGUGGAGUCCAUCAUGCAUUAUUCCGAGUGACGCGCGGGGGGCUGUGCGGCCCUCGCAGGAACAGUCAGGUCUCCCCGGAGUACUCACGGCCCGGGGCGCCCCUUCCAGUCAAACAGAACGAAGGAUACAAACGAUAAAACGGCUUUUUUUUUUUUUAAUCCCCAAGUAUUGAAAACAAAAAAGCAAGCCAACUCUGAGCAGACGGGUCUUUCUGCAGUGAUUGGUGCCACGCUGAGCUGUCGAGUGAUGCGCCGUGCCCGGUUCCGAGGUGGCAAAGCUGGAACCGCCUAACCGUGCAGCUGAGCACAUCAGAGUGACUGAUUCGGGACACAGUCUGGGAUCGUUCUCAGGAAUACUGGACACCCUCGAUUCCUCCUCCCACAAAACCCGUGGCAUUGGGUGUUCUCUGCCUGUGCUAAGGGGUUGGCUUCAUGCCCAGUGGGUACUGGUGCCCGCACUUCCUUCCCGCUUGGAGGAGGAGGAGGAAGUCGAUACUUACACUCCCCGGUAACCAUGGUUCCGUUGUCUCAGCAGCCUUGUUCCUCCUGGACACUGUAAAUUCCGCAUCCUCAGCACCUGAGUGCGCCCAGCGAGUUGACCUUGAACGCACUUGUAUCCCUUGUUCCCCAGUGUGUAGAUGACAGGAUGCUGCUCUGGGAGUCUGCAGACAUGGCGGGGUGGGUAAGGACUGCACGGUGUGAUGUACCACGCUGCCGGGAAGCAGCUGGGGUGGGGGCGGUUCCCGGGGAGGCGGUGGGAGGGUCCGAGAGCACGCUGCUGCCUGGCCUCGAGGGCAUCCCAAACCCUUGCCUGAGGUGCAGUUCUGUGGGGCCCUCCUUUUCCCUACAUAGAAAGACCCUGUUCCCAGCCUCCUCCUGGCCACCCUGGGGCGCUGGGAGAGGGAGCCUCACCGUGAUGGGACCCUGAGGGGCUUCUCAGCCCCAAGCCCAUCUCACACUCAGAGCAUCCUAGCUGGAGAGCAGCAACAGGCCACAAUGCUGACCCCCUCGCUAAUUUAGAAGCAGUAACAAAAGAAUUUUACUCCCAUCUGUUCAGCUGUUAGGGUUCUACAUGGAGUGGAGUUUGCAGGCCAGUGGCUUCCUUCGUCACACUUGCUGUCUCCUGAGUACUGGGAACCCCCGGCAAGGCAUGCAGUGCAGGCAGGAACUUGAGUGCAAAUGAGCAGGCAGAAGUCAUGUUCCUGUUGCACAUCUGUGCUCGGAGCAGAGCCCUGCAUCGCUGUGCAACAGACCCAGCUGUAGAGAUUCCUGAUCAAGACUUUGUGAAGUUAUAAUUAAGAAGAAAGGUAACUGGGCUUAACCGUUUUGCUUCCUGAUUUCCCCAGACUGGUCUUAGCUUUACUAACUUGCCUCCAGUCCACAUUCCACUUCGUGCUUUUCUUGAGUCAUCUUGAUGUCCCUUAGUGUUCCUUCAUAGUCAGUGCCGCGGGGCCUUCAACGCCAUCGGACACCCAAACCAGACUGCGUGUGCAUCGGGUAAACCCUGCUUAGUGCCGGCGUGCAGCUGGACAGACAGCUUUGAAAUGACAUCUUCCAGCUAUAUUUUUGAGUAGUUUCUUUGCUGAGAGCAUUUUGUGGUUUAAGGUGUUUUGAAAUCCAACAAGUAGCUCCCGGCUCCCCACCAGAGGAGACCCCUGUGCAGAAGCUGUAACGCGCGCACCUGCUGGACCCUUGCUGGAUGGGAGUGUGCCAGAUACUCGGUGAAGGCCUCUUUGUAUUUAACAUCUGCGGUGGCAGGAGUCCACGACUUAGCCAGUAUUUUCUAUAUUAUUUGGUACUGUUGUGUGUGACUUUUGUUUAACAAAUGAUAUUUGUUGGAUUUUCUGCCCACUUUUUUUGUACAGUUCUGAAUUCUAUAGAUUGUCUCAGAAGGAUAUAAUGUAAUGAUGGGCCAGGCCUGCAUUGGAGACUUUUAAUGUAUGUAAUAUUUCAUAGAUUGCAUGCUAUUAAUAGUCUGUGAGGGUAAUAUUUCCUGUUGUGUUUCCCCCUUUAUCUUCCUGUAAACUAAAAGAUGGUUGGUAUUAGGAAUUCCAAAUGAAUGCGGAAAAAUCUUACAUGCUUUUAAUAAUUACAGCGAGGAUGAUCCAAGUCGCAGAUCUGCUGAACAGCAAGCAACCAUUUGUAAGGAUAGAAUCUGAUGGAAAAAAGAUUCUUCCCUCUGAAGUUCAUUUAGACUGUGGUCAUCUCAUUAUUACAAUUUUUUUAAAAAGUCACUGCAUAAUGGUUUUUUUUUUUUUUUUGGUGUUAAUAUUCCAGAGUUGGUGGAGAUAUGAAUGAAAACGCACUGUUUUUGUUUUUGACCUUAUGGCCAAGACAAUAAAUUGGAAACAAAGUACCAGUGCAUCAAAAUCCAGACCUGAGAAAUCCAGACUAAUGUGUUUGGAAUAAAUACUAAUCUGCUAAGACAUCUCGGUCCGUAUUUUCUGUCUCGUGGCCUUUUUCCUUUCUCCCUCAGUAGCGCGUGCUGCUCUCACCUUAGGGCUGCGAAGAACCUGCUAACUCCGCUGUGUUGCUGAGUCACUGGGGAUGAGCCCUUCUCAUCCUCUCCUCUCCCUCCUCCGACUGUUUGGUCCCGGCGAGAGCAGCUGUUGUGUACAUCUCCCCAGCACUGUGUGUAGCAUGGCUGUGCCACAUAGCUGUGCUUUGUGUUGAGUAAAUUGAUUUUUCUGUUUGGGAGGCAUCAAAAUACAGUUUGCUGUGAUCUUGGUUUCCACUUGAGUUUAGCAGGUGCCAUUUCUGCACCUCUAGGAGCUACUUCCCCUUCUGUCACCUUUUCUCCUCCGUGGGCAUUGCCAGGUCCUGAGGUCCACCGUUACGUGUGCAGAGGGUUUGCUGCAGGAAUGGCCAGGUGACUGCCAGUCUUUGAGAAGAAUGGGGCCUGUUCACGUCUGAACAACUUCGGCUAGGAACUCCGCACCCCAGUUACUUUGAAUCAAAGGAUUUUAAAGCUAGAUUUUAGCAUCUCUGGUUCCGUCUCUUUUGACUGGUAAGGUUAAAUGUUUUGCUUCAGAUGAACAGCUGAUAACAGAAUUCCUGACUCAAAGCCCAGUGGGCCUCUCUGCACCACAGCUGUCUUAAUUAAAUGUGCUGUAUUUUUCUUUGAUUCUACUUGAUGUCCUUAGAAAUAUACUUGAACCACCAUGUUUCACUAAAUGCCCUCUGAGUAUUCAGACUCUCUAAAACUGUACUAAGUGCCACCUUAGUGAAAACAAUCAUUUACCCCUUCUAAAACUGUCAUUAAAGACAUUUUCCCAUAAGGUCUGUGGAACAAAAAUACAGUAUUAGUUCAGCAGUGGCAGGAGCACAGCAGACAGCCUUAUUUGAGAGCCUUAGUAAAGUUUUUAAGUGGAGGCAUUGAGCUCAUCAACCUUUAAGUUUAUGCUGAUCUUUGUUCCUAUUUUGAGAAUCUUGUAAUUCUAAAUGAAAUUAUGAAUGAAACGACAGGGCCUAGCUGUGUAUAAAUGAUCCUUGCUAAAUAAGGUUUUUGUAAAAAAAAAAAUUAUUUUCACAUUAAAAUGAAACCUCUUUUGCAACUUCAGAAAUCUGUGGAAAAGCAGUUUUUAAUCAUACUUCUGUCCAUGUACCUUUUUUCUUAAGAAAAUGGUUUACAAAAAAGAAUGUCAACAAUUGUGAUCUGGCCAGUUGUGCUUUUUAGCUCCCAGAGGGAGAGCUGGUAUUGAGCAAAAUCCAUUCAUUCAGGAAAACUUGAGGGAGCAGUUGCCAGUAAUGUUUCUUGUGUGUGCCAUUAAACCACCUCCAGAUGAGUGGGGGAACAUUCACUUUUUAAUUUUUUAAUUGUAUUUGGGAUUAUUGCUGUGUACUAAGAACUUGACCUAAAUAAAAAUCCCACAAAGUAUA